AUGAUGAGCAACUACCCGGACGGCGAGGAGGACACGGUGGCGCUGCUGGCUCAUGACACCGGCGGCAGCAAGGAGCCGGAUCGGGGCAAGGAGGAGCUGAGCGCGGACAAGGGCCCCGAGAAGCCGGACCCCUCGCAGAAGCCCCCCUAUUCCUACGUGGCCCUGAUCGCCAUGGCCAUUCGGGAGAGCGCGGAGAAGAGGCUAACGCUGUCUGGGAUCUACCAGUACAUCAUCAGCAAGUUCCCUUUCUACGAGAAGAACAAGAAAGGCUGGCAGAACAGCAUCCGCCACAACCUCAGCCUCAACGAGUGCUUCAUCAAGGUGCCCCGGGAGGGCGGCGGCGAGCGCAAGGGCAACUACUGGACCCUGGACCCCGCCUGCGAGGACAUGUUCGAGAAGGGCAACUACCGCAGAAGACGAAGGAUGAAACGGCCUUUCCGGCCGCCUCCGACCCACUUCCAGCCGGGCAAGACCCUCUUCGGCCCCGACAGCUACGGCUACCUGUCCCCGCCCAAGUACUUGCAGUCCACCUUCAUGAACAACUCGUGGCCGCUGGCGCAGCCCCCCGCGCCCAUGCCCUACACGUCCUGCCAGAUGUCUGGUGGGAACGUCAGUCCCGUCAAUGUGAAAGGACUCUCGGGCCCGGCGUCCUACAGCCCCUACUCGCGGGUGCAGAGCAUGGCGCUGCCCAGCAUGGUGAACUCCUACAACGGCGUGGGCCACCACCACCACCACCCGCACGCCCACCACCCCCAGCAGCUCAGCCCGGCCAGCCCCGCGCCGCCCUCGGCCCCGGCGGCAAACGGAGCCGGCCUCCAGUUUGCCUGCGCCCGCCAGCCCGCCGAGCUGUCCAUGAUGCACUGUUCGUACUGGGAGCACGACAGCAAACACAGCGCCCUGCACUCCCGCAUAGACAUCUAGGGAGGCUCCGGCCAGCGCCGCCACAGCAAUGCACCGGCCCCGCUGCCCCGCUGCUCCCCCGCCGCGUUCCCCCGCGCUCCGCGUCUCUCCUCCUCGUCUCUAGUCACGGACUUCCCUCUCUCUGUGUGCCCAAACCCUCGCGGCGGGGAAAUAGCGGCUUUGCCCCGCGCGUAGUGUCAGUGUAGGAGCGUCCCUCGAUGAGAAGAAAGCAGUGUAAGUGUGGGGAUCCCCGCGGGGCAGCGGCGGCCGGGCCGCCUCUCCGGGCGAGCAGGGAUUCACCGGGAGUUCCUCUGCUCCGUGUGUGUGUUUGUGAGUUGUUGGGGGUUUUUUUGU